AUGAGACCACUGCAGCGGAUUGCCAUCAUUCUCACCUGUUUGUUCCUUGUAUUUCUGGUUCUAAGGCUUCGAAUCGGAGGAAUUACCCCUGGCAGCCCCGCGACUCAAUCUUUUCCUCGAGUGAACGGGUCACAGCAGCAUUCAUUCAGCAAUCUGUCAUUGUCUCACGCCCAAUGUGUGGCCGCUUUUCCUGGUCUAUUCAGCGAAAUCGAGGAUGCUGUUUCUCGCGGACCUUUCACUCUCACAUGGUCACGACUAGGAGAGCCCUUGCAGGGAAGCGUCAAGGACAAUCAGUUGUACAUCUUAAACUGGCAGAAGAAGGCAUUUCUAUCAGAGCAGAUGCUCAAUGAACGGACAGCAGCUCUGAACCAGCUCUACCGCGCAAUCAUCACUUCCCCAGAGCCGCUGCCAGACACUCUUUUCGUCUUGAAUAUCCAGGAUCGGCCGAUAGCACAAUCAUGGUCAUACGCGCGUCCAGCCGAUCCCGCAGCCACCAAGGCCGGGGACUUCCCCAUGCCGCACUUUGCCUUUUGGGCAUGGCCGCUUAAGUAUAUCGGAUCCAUGGAUCGGGCACUAAUCGCGAUCGCCGAGAUCGAAGCAAAUUGUACAUUCCACGCUAAGAUUCCACAAGCUGUCUGGCGCGGCACACCUUGGUUCAACGACGUGCAAAAUCACGAUCUCCGCAAGCGACUAAUUCAGGUCACCACGGGGAAACCGUGGGCGGACGUACAAGCCUUGGAAUGGGAAACCAACGGCGAGACGGCCAGGAACGGGCUGGCCAUUGAGGACUUCUGUCGGUACAAGUACAUCAUUUACACAGAGGGGGUAACCUACUCUGGACGGCUGCCCUUCCAUCAGGCUUGCCGCUCCAUCAUUCUCACGCCGCCCAUGGCAUGGAUGCUGCACACCACACAUCUCGUGCGACCAGUCUUUUCGAGCACAUUAUUGCAGACAGAGCCCAGACUGGGACCUCCGCAUCAGUCGGAUCGCAUCAAGCGAGCCUGGCCAACUGAUCUUGACGCCGGGGAUGCCAAUCUGGUGAUGGUCUCACCAGACUGGUCCGAUCUCGAGGCUACCAUCGCAUGGUUGGAGGAUCAUCCGAUAAUAGCGCAGGGCAUCGCUAAUCGACAGCGUGAGUUGUUUUAUGACGGAGGAUAUCUUAGCCCUGCCGCCGAGACGUGCUACUGGAGAGCAUUGAUCAGGGGCUGGAGCAAGGUUGUUGAGCCCGAGGGUAGGGAGUGGACUGAACACAAGGGCGUCAGAUGGGAGCUCUUUAGUCUUGGAGGAUUCUAA